GUAAAACUUUUCUGCUGCUACGGUUGGGGUUAGCAGUUAGCACCCUGUUCGAUAGAGUUUUUCUAAUGAAUAAAUCGUGAUUUGCCUAUUUGGUGAGAUGGACGUAGGGUGGUAGUGUAUUAUAAAAUAAACAUGGUAACAAAAAUAUUAAUUUAGUUUAUGAAAGCAAAACGAGCACACAUUAAGGAGCAGCACAAACAGAAGCUAAGGUCGGCUAGCAUUGCUCGGAGCUAUGAGCCUGGCAGUUGGACGCGAACCGAGGAAGACUGCGGGGAACCGCAUGUCCAAACUUCUGGACGCUGAAGAAGAGGAUGAGUUCUACAAAACGACAUACGGAGGCUUCAACGAUGAAUCGGGAGAUGAUGAAUAUCACGGAGAGCACUCGGACACAGAGGACGAGGUGGACAGCGACUUCGAUAUCGACGAGGGCGAGGAGCCUGACAGCGACCAGGAGGAAGAUGCUCCUCGGAGGAAGAGUCGGGUUGUCACAAAAGCUUAUAAGGAGCCUAUAAAGGUGGCAAAACCCAAACCUAAAAAACCCAACGAGGAGCAGAAGAGGACAGAGAAAACCAAGGUGGAGCUCAAAAGGAGGAUUCCUCAAGAAUUUCACGAUUUUGCUGAAUCUCGGAAGUCUGUGCGACAGUCCACCAGUGAACACACCAGGAAGACCAACCUUCGCCUACAGGAGCGUCAGGAUGCUCCUAGGAGACGGAGAGGGGCUCACCGGGACCGACCUUUGACCCAGGAGGAGCUGCUGGCUGAGGCUAAAAUCACAGCUGAGGUCAACAUUCGGUCUCUGGAGAACUACGAGCGUCUGGAAGCAGACAAGAAGAAACAGGUCCAUAAGAAGCGUCGCUUCGAGGGGCCGACCAUCCGCUACCAAUCGGUCCUGAUGCCCCUGGUCUCUCACUCGCUCCUUAAAGAAGAAAAUGUCGACGUGGAGGGGCUGGAUCAGGAUGUCUCUCAGACGGCACCGCAGAUUCCCACCACGCCGUCCCAGCAGCCCACUGGAGGACUGUGCUCCCGGACUUACAUAACGUUCAGCGACGACGAAGCCUUCGAGGCGACCUUCCCUCCCGCCGCUCAGCCUGGCCGUCAGAUUCCCGUUCAGGAGAUCUGCCCCGUCACGCACAAGGCGGCGCUGUACCGGGACCCGGUCACGGACAUUCCCUACGCCAACGCGCGAGCCUUCCGCAUCAUCCGAGAGGCGUACCGCAAAUACGUGGCGGCUCACGGGUUUCCGAGCAGCUCAGCGGGAAGCGCGGGAGGCGACUCCUCUUCCAUGAAGGGAAUCCGUCAGAAAAUGGUCGUCAAGCAAAGUGGAUUUACCACAUAGAGUAAUUGUUUUACUUUCAGUUGGUUUAAGGUUUGUUUUCUAUUUGGAAGUCAGCGGAUGUUUUGUGUCUGAGCAGAAUUUAAACUUGUCUACACACGAUGGGAUGCGCUGCCUGGAUCGAAGCGCGACUUUGACUCAAUAAAGUUGUUGCUUUUUUCUCCACUCUGCAAGAGUUACCUUAACGGGUCUCUGUGGGAAAAGUACAUUUCAUUGAUAUUAUUCAGGGACGAGCGGCUAAGAACAGCGCAGGGUACCAACAGAGUUUGGAAAAGUCUGGAAUUUUAUUGAAUUGUUUUCAACCUUUAGAUAUGUAUGAAAAAAUACAUGUACUUCCAGACUUUAUUCCCUAUUCUGUGUAUUUCAUUCUAGCUUUGUGUCUUUCUUGUUUGCUCAUCUCCAUCGUUUCUUAUUUGUGUUCUUCCUUGCAUCUCUUUUCUUCUUGCAUUCCUUGUAUCUUUCUUAUUUCCUUCCUUGCUGCCUUUGGAAAGCUCAGUCUGGAAAAGUCUAGAAUUUUUACAAGAAAAUGUGAUUUCAGUUUGUUUUCAUAAAUUUCAAUUUCAUUUGUCUGUUCGACUUAAAAUUUCACCUUUUUUUUUUUUACAUGUAACUGUUUUGUACCUUCUAUAAGUGGGAUAACUGAGAAAUAAUAAAUAGUUGAAACUGUGA